AAUGUUAUCUUCAGUAUUUCUGGCACUACUUGUAUUUGGCGUAUGUAGAUUUGUGCGUGAAGUGUGUACAUACUCCGAUUAUCCAGGAAAAAAUUAUUGGAAAUUUUUAACAAAACGUCAGGGUCCUCCUGGAGUAAGUGCGACCAUGGCUGUGGAGCGGCCAUUGAGUCAGCUGAAUACAGAUCCGCUCUCUCCUCUGAGGUCGAGUCAAUCCCGUCUCAAUGGCGCCUCAAUUGUUCUACAUGAGUCGCUGGUUGCACCCGAGAAGAAGAAAACAGUACCUAACCAUCUCUUAGACACAAAAAUAUACCAUAAAUUAUCCCACAAUGAAGUGCUCCAAGUGGAACCAGCUGUGGUCCACUUUCCUGGCUUUGAACCAGGGAAGGUUCAUCGACAAGUUCUGAACAUUAUUAACGCAUCGGCAGAAUGUCAACAGAUGCACAUCAUCCCCCCAGCCACGCGCUACUUCAAGGCGUGGUACAAGAAGAGGGAUCGCCUGGUGCCGGGGCUGUCCAUGGAGGUCACGGUAGAGUUCAGACCCGACGAAUGGAGGUACUUCUACGACUGUAUCAGGAUACAUUGCCAGAGUACAGAGAAUCUUGUGAUUCCAGUUCACGCGUAUCCUGUCAUGUCAACAGACUUUCCAGAAAUUGUCAAGUUUCCUCCCACACCUGUCUCCCAAAGAUCAAGAAAGGUAAUCCCUAUCAAGUGCAAUAUCCCGAUGGAUUUUGAAUACCAGCUCAAAUUCAUCCAACCCCACCCGGCUAUCACCAUCACCCCGAUGACUGGGACGGUGCCGGGCAACGGGCAAGUGGAGUUGAACGCCACCUAUUCCCCAUCGGACUUCAGCACAGCGAUCAUGAAGCUACAGCUGAUCAUCUCCCAGUUCAACACCAAGCCCCUGGAUUGCACCUUCAUCGGACACUCCAGUCCUGGACUGGCCAUUCCUCAAGAAACCCAACACACUGACACUGCAACAGAAGGUCCGCUCUCACCGGUCAACACAGCCAUCCAGCUUGACCCCCAGUGCAUCUCACCCAUAUCGAUGGCCAGGAGAAAAAAAGGAACGGGCAAGACCGCUAAGAAGAAGACUGUCACCGUGGUCAAGCCAACCAAGGAUCAAGGCACUGAGAAGAAUGGUGUGAGAUUUCCAGCCAACUUGAACGUCCAGCAUUCUGUGAAUGCGGUGCUACUGCAGACACCAGGGAAACUGACAGCAAAGGAGAUAAGGGAAGCUGUACAAUCUAAAUCGGGGACUGCCCAAGCUCUCAACCCAAGGCAAUUGAAGGAAGCUGUGUUUGAUAGAGAAGUGAGGGAUGAUGUACAGGCAGAGAGGAGAAACCAGAUAAGAUGGCAAGUCCACCUUGGCAGAGAUCAGAUGCUCCAAGAAGAGAGAUUGCAGAUUGUAGAAACAAGAAAAGAAGCUCUCAAAGAUUAUCAUUUCAAGAGAGGAGACCCACUUCCAGAGAUAGAAUUCAACCGCGUUUCCACCACCUGCACCCAGCGUCGCACCUACCGGCGGAUGACCCACGUCCCCGACCCCGUGGCCCAGUUUGACCUCUACUGCAACGACCCCUGGGCCAUGAAGCACCGGGCCGUCGGACGCUUCCAGCAGGCCGUUCAGAAGGUCAUUCUGAGGCAGAGGGCGACGGACAAGUGGUCCAAGCUGAGCAAGCUGGUGGAGGAGUACAGGUCAGGCAAUGCUGGGAAGGUGGAGAAAGUGACCUUUGGUAAUAAUGGUGAGGCCAAAUAUGACCACCUGCCGCUAGAAGUUGGCUCUGACAAGUUACUGACCUACGCCUUCCCAUCAUACAUCUCACCUGACUACAAGGAUGAUAUGGCCCCUGAUGCACUAGGCAUUGUCCCUGCCAAGGCGACGGACAUCGAGGUGAAGCGGAAGGUACCCUACCUAGGCCUCAAGGUGCCCCAGCAGUACCGGCUGAUGGGUUACAAGGCUCACAGCGUCCUGGAUGCAGCCAGUGGUUAUGUGGCGCCCAAGCUGGUCAGACCCCUUAGGACGGGUGCAGAGGACGAGACGAUCACGAUGCCGGUACCUGAACAGGCAUGGCAGGAGAAGGAUGAUGAUGCCGUAGAGAGAUUGGAAGGCAUCGAUGGAGAGGAUGAUGAUGAGGAGGAACCGAUGGAGCUGGUUACAGGAGAGGCGAGGAAGACGGCAGCCCAGCUCGUGCCUCCCGCUGGGAUCUUCAAAUCAGUAGACUACCCAUCCCUUCAUAUAUUUAACCCUGCGCCCGGUCUCCAGGUCUUCCUACCCCCGUUGCCCUACGCCGAGGUGGAUCCAGACUUCCAUCUGUGCCCCUUGCCCAGGUACACCCACUCAGACCCCAAGAAUAAACAUGGGGCGACCCUCAAGAGAUACCUGGACAAAGAGGAUGUAAUAAAAGGAGUGAUGGCGUGGAAGAAGUUCCCAUCUCAAGGACUGGUCUCGCUGGCUAACACACCAACCCUAACCAAUGUCUGGGUACCGAGAUGGACGGAUACCUUCAGUCCAGAUCUACUUCCAGAGUCAGUACCAGAGCUCUUGGAUGGGUUACCAACCGAAGACAAGGAAAACAUCCUCUCAGAUGACUCGUAAGUAGCA